GAGUCUUCUCCAAUUCGUCCUGAAUCAGUGUCGCCGCCUUCAUCACUCCGAGUCUGUCCGACGAAGAAAUAGCAACGCCAUCUACCAUUUUGCCCCUUCCGUCAAUUUUCCGCUCAGGAUCCAAAUACCCGUUCACAAAACCCUACGGGUCUACGAUUCCCAGAGUUUCAAUUUUCUCGACUGACGAACCGACCAAAGGCGCCCCCUUCUAACAACAAUCCUCGCCAUCGUUCCGGCGUCUGAGCAUAUCGAUUUCCUCCAGCUCAUUUAUUAACUUUUCAAAAACUUUUGCAAGAUGGCUUCACGAUUUUGGACUCAGGGAGACAGUGAUACCGAAGAGGACCUGAGUGAUAAUGAUGUUCCAGAUGAACCAGUUGAAUCAACUGAACCUGCAAAAGAGAACAGAUAUCUCAGAUCAGAUUCUGAGUCUGACAGUGAUGACGGACACGACCGCCGUCGUGUUGUCAAAAAGUUUGACAAACAUUACGAGGAGAUGUUGGGCACUAUUGAUCAGAUAAAUAAUGCAAUGAAGAUCAAUGACUGGGUCAGCCUGCAGGAGAGCUUUGACAAGAUCAACAAGCAGCUCGAGAAGGUAAUGCGUACAACAAAUUCAGAGAAGGUAUUGACUCUAUAUGUAAAGGGUCUAGUUAUGUUAGAGGACUUUCUCGCAGAAGCCUUUGCAAAUAAAGAAGCAAAGAAGAAGAUGAGUAGUAGUAAUGCCAAAGCAAUGAAUUCUAUGAAACAAAAGUUGAAGAAAAACAACAAGCAAUACGAGGAGCUGAUUGAAGCAUACAGAAAGAAUCCACCAAAGAGUGAGGAUGAAGGCAGUGCUGAUGAAUCCGAGGAAGAAUCUGACGAUGAAGACAUUGACGAGGAUGACAUUGAGGAGUACCAAAAAGAAGAGUCAGAUGAUGAUGAUGUCCAGUCAACCGAGACCGGUGUGGGGUGGGAGAAAAUGCUUAGCAAGAAAGACAAGCUUAUGGAUAAGCAGUUCAGGGAUCCCAGCCAAAUCACAUGGGAUAUUGUCAACAAGAAAUUCAGGGAAGUGGUUGCUGCAAGGGGUAGGAAGGGAACAGGGAGGCUUGAAUUGGUUGAACAACUCACCUUCUUGACCAAAGUGGCUAAGACCCCUGCCCAAAAGCUUGAGAUCCUUUUCAGUGUUGUCUCUGCCCAGUUUGAUGUUAACCCAAGUCUAAGUGGGCACAUGCCUAUUAAUGUGUGGAAAGCAUCUGUGAGCAACAUGCUUACCAUUCUUGACAUUCUUACCCAGUACCCAAACAUUGUUGUUGAUGACAAAAUGGAGCUUGAUGAGAAUGAGACACAGAAAGGAGCAGAUUACAAUGAGACUAUUAGGAUCUGGGGGAACCUGGUAGCCUUUGUAGAAAAGAUUGACGUGGAGUUCUUUAAAAGUCUGCAGGUUAUUGAUCCUCAUACACGUGAGUACGUUGAGAGGCUUAAGGAUGAACCUUUGUUUGUUGUUCUUGCACAAAAUGUGCAGGAGUACUUGGUAAGGGCUGGGGAUUACAAAGCUGCAGCCAAAGUGAGCCUGAAACGGGUUGAGCUCAUAUAUUAUAAACCACAAGCAGUGUAUGAUGCCAUGAGAAAUUGGGCUGAGCAAACAAAGAAUGCUGAGGAAAAAACAGAGUCUGGAGAGGAAAACAAGGGGGGUCCACCUGCUAUUGUUCCAACUCCCGAGCUUGUUCCAAGAAAACCCACCUUUGAAGAGAACAGUAGGACCUUGAUGGAUAUCCUUGUUUCUCUUAUUUAUAAGUACGGGGAUGAGAGAACAAAAGCACGUGCUAUGCUCUGUGAUAUUUACCACCAUGCCAUCUCAGAUGAGUUUUCAGUUGCACGAGACCUACUGCUGAUGAGUCACUUGCAAGAUAAUGUACAGCAUAUGGACAUUUCAACACAGAUACUCUAUAACAGGGCUAUGGCGCAACUUGGUCUGUGUGCUUUCAGGGCUGGACUUAUUGUUGAGAGUCACAGUUGUCUCUCCGAGCUGUAUUCUGCUGGCAGGGUAAAAGAAUUGCUUGCACAAGGUGUCUCACAGAACCGAUAUCAUGAAAAGACCCCAGAACAGGAGAGGAUGGAGAGGAGGAGGCAAAUGCCAUAUCACAUGCACAUAAAUCUUGAACUCCUUGAAGCUGUUCAUCUCACAUGUGCAAUGCUCUUGGAGGUUCCGAACAUGGCAGCCAAUAGCCACGAUGCUAAGAGCAGAGUCAUAAGCAGAACAUUCAGGAGAUUACUAGAGGCGAGUGAGAGGCAAACAUUCACAGGCCCUCCUGAGAACGUCAGGGACCAUGUAAUGGCAGCCACUAGGGCCUUAAAACAGGGAGAUUUCAACAAGGCCUUUGAAGUCAUACUCUCUCUCAAUAUCUGGGGUCUUCUUCAGAACAAAAACAGUGUUCUUGAAAUGCUCAGGGAAAAAAUGAAGGAAGAGGCUUUGAGGACAUAUCUCUUCACUUAUUCUUCCUCUUACAAUUCUCUCAAUCUGGGUCAACUCGCAAAGAUGUUUGAGCUCUCUGAUUCUAAGAUCCAUUCCAUAGUGAGCAAGCUGAUGAUCACAGAUGAGCUCCACGCGAGCAUGGACCAACCGACACGGUCUGUGGUGUUCCAUGAUGUUGAGUAUACAAGGCUGCAGGCUUUGGCCUUCCAGCUGACGGAGAAACUGGCAGUUCUUGCGGAAAGCAACGAGAGGGCCACAGAGGCAAAGAUUGGCGGUGGGUUGGAUGGUCUUUCCUUCAACAGACGAAGGGAAGGGCAAGAUUAUGCCGCGGCGGCUGGUGGUGGCGGCGGUGGUAAGUGGCAAGAUUUCUCACAGGGCAGGCAAGGUGGUGGCGGUGGCAGAACAGGUGGGUAUAACAGAGGUUUGGGUGGAGCAUCCGGUGGCGGCGGUCUGUUCUCCAGGGACGCUAGAUCCCACCAGGCACGAGGUUCGAGUGGCUAUUCUGUUGGUAAUCAAGGGUCACGAUACUCGGGUGGUGGGCCCACAUCCAGGAGAAACCAGGGUGAUGCGUCGGCUCGGAUGGUUAGCCUUAACAGGGGGAUACGAGCAUAGAUUCGUCCCCCAUUCCAGUCAUGGGGGCGUUGUGUGUCUUAUUUUAGUUUUGGUUUUCUUUACUCGUACUGUAUUUUAUUUCUUGAUGCUAACCCACGAACCUAUUGGCGAUGGAUUGGGAUUGGUUUCUUUUUUUGUUUUUGAAUGAAUAAUCUGUGGUUGCAUUUUGUGGUCAAAAUGGAAAUGUAUUCACUUUCAAUUUCAAUCUUUAUAGACAUUGUUACCCUGUCU